UCUCUCACUGACACACACACACACACACACACUCCAGAGAUAGGUCUGCGUUCAGCAGAAAGUCUCUCACUCUCUCGCUCUCUCUCGCGCUCUCUCUCUCUCUCUCUCUCUCUCUCUCUCUCUCACUCUCUCGCUGACACACACACACACACACACUCUUAGACAUAUAUGUGGACAGAUGUGCGCACCUUACACUUUCGAUCUCUGACUCAGAGCCAGGCAACAAUUUUUCUAAGUCCUGUUUAGAGAGAGAGAUAAACAUGCGCCAGGAUCGCUGAAGAGAGCAGAGGAGAGAAAGUACAGGAUGGACUGAAUGCAGGAGGACGAAGUAAACUCGUCAAAGGAGAGACAGAGACUUUGAAAUCGGUUUCUUACAAACAGGCUGAAACAGAGCUCACCUCGAAAAGCUCAGAUAUUUGGAGGAAGGACCUGAAGCAGGGACGAUCGACAGCUGUUGUUUUUCAGCGUGUGCUUGCCCACUAGCUGGGUUCGUGUCCUUUCCCUGCUGUGUGUGCUUUUGCGUUUACGUGUCUUUGCUACCCUUGACCUGACUGACUGAAGUAUCACCAUGUUGUGGACUCUUCUGUUGGCUCUUGUCCUGUUGCUGGUACUGCAGACACAGUUAUGUGUCUGCCUGCAAGAGCUCAGAUCCUCCACAACCUCCGGGAGCUCCGGGAGCUCCGCGACCCCUGCUCAGAUCCCGGACGCUGCCGUCUCUCGACGCCUGCCAGGGGCCAUCAUCAUCGGGGUACGCAAGGGUGGCACCAGGGCCCUCCUGGAGAUGCUCAAUCUCCACCCAGAAGUGGAGGUGGCCAAGGCUGAGAUCCAUUACUUCAACCUGGAUGAAAACUUCCGCAGGGGAUUGGACUGGUACCGCGCCCAGAUGCCACUCACCCUCCCCGGGCAGGUGACCGUCGAGAAGACCCCUGGCUACUUCACGGCACCACUGGCUCCAACCAGGAUGUGGUCGGCAAAUCCCGCAGUGAAGCUCCUCCUGAUUGUCCGCGACCCCGCCGAGAGACUCGUGUCAGACUACACACAAGUCCUGCACAACCGCCUGCAGCAGAACAAGCCAUACCAGCCACUGGUGGAGCUGCUCUUGCAUCGAGGCCGCAUUAACCCAAGCUACAAGGCUCUCCAAAGGAGCCUCUACCAUCACCACCUGGCUAGGUGGCUGGAACUUUUCCCCAGGGAGCAAAUCCACAUCGUGGAUGGAGAGGCACUGAUCCAGGAUCCAUUCCCCGAGCUCCAGAAAGCAGAGAGGUUCCUGGAGCUUCCGCCACGGAUAACACCAGAAAACUUCUACUUCAACACAACUAAAGGGUUUUACUGCUUGCUGACAGCAGGGCAUGACAAGUGUUUGGAUGACUCAAAAGGGAGACCCCAUGCUCCCCUCAGUAACAAGGCAUUCCAGAAGCUCUGUAAAUACCUCAGGGAGCCCAAUCAGAUCUUCUUUAACAUGGUUGGCCAGACCUUUGAUUGGUGCUAAUGAAAGGUGAUCUGCUGCGGAAGGUCUUGUCUGUUCAAAAUUCUGCACACUAUUUGCCGUUUGACUGAAGUAACAUCUACACGGUGGUAUGCUUUUCAAAUCUUUUAAAAAUCGUGAGCUGAACUGAAAAAGUGCAAGAGCGCUAAUAUGAGCAACUGAAUGUCAUUCUGGACCAGGGCUCCCUCUGGUGCUGGUUGUGUGAAACUGCAAAAGACUGAUUUGUAGAUUCAGAUGCAGUGCUGGGCACAUGCUGUUGAUUGCAAGUUUGAAAUGUAAAUAGAAGUAGCUAUAGAACACAGGAUGCAAAUGUACUUCCUGCUGCUCUUUGUAAAAAAAAAGUUGUAAAAAGUAUGACUGUAAAUCAUGAUCAUUAAAGUUCAAUUGUUUUUCAUCUUUCCUAUUCAUAACGCUAAUAAUGUGUAAUAAUUUGAAAAGUUCUUUGAAUCAUUUUAAUAGAAACUUUUCUAUAUUUUCUAUAUUUUUCUUAAUUGUCUCCUACAAAGGAUAUUUUAUGAUGACUGUAUGCACUAUAGAAGUUUUUUUUUUAUCCAUAAAUGAAUGUACACAAACCUCCAACAAAAUAUUAAGAAACGCAAAAUUUCAAAUGCCGUCAAAUAUUCUCACUGUGACAUUGGUCAAUAAAUCUGUGGAGAGAAUAUUACAUCAAAACAUGUAAGUGUAAAUCAGAAUGCAAUUUACCAUGCUUAAACUAUAACAAACAGCCUACCGUUUAAACAAUGGAAGAACCAAUGUGCUUUGCAUUUCAAUACAGAUACUUUUUAAACUGCAACUCUU